AUGGCGAUACAUUUAUACAAAACUUCUACCCCGAGCACACGCAAUGGAGCCGUAGACAGUAAAGUGAAAUCCAAUCCACGAAAUAAUUUGAUCUAUGGACAGCAUCAUUGUGGUAAAGGUCGUAAUGCCAGAGGAAUCAUUACCGCAGGGCAUAGAGGGGGAGGUCAUAAGCGUCUAUACCGUAAAAUAGAUUUUCGACGGAAUGAAAAAGACAUAUAUGGUAGAAUCGUAACCAUAGAAUACGACCCGAAUCGAAAUGCAUACAUUUGUCUCAUACACUAUAGGGAUGGUGAGAAGAGAUAUAUUUUACAUCCCAGGGGGGCUAUAAUUGGAGAUACCAUUGUUUCUGGUACAGAAGUUCCUAUAAAAAUGGGAAAUGCCCUACCUUUGACCGAUAUGCCCUUAGGCACGGCCAUACAUAACAUAGAAAUCACACUUGGAAAGGGUGGACAAUUAGCUAGAGCAGCGGGUGCUGUAGCGAAACUGAUUGCAAAAGAAGGGAAAUCGGCCACAUUAAAAUUACCUUCUGGGGAGGUCCGUUUGAUAUCCAAAAACUGCUCAGCAACAGUCGGACAAGUGGGGAAUGUUGGGGUGAACCAGAAAAGUUUGGGUAGAGCCGGAUCUAAGCGUUGGCUAGGUAAGCGCCCUGUAGUAAGAGGAGUAGUUAUGAACCCUGUAGACCAUCCACAUGGGGGUGGUGAAGGGAGGGCCCCAAUUGGUAGAAAACAACCCACAACCCCUUGGGGUUAUCCUGCACUUGGAAAAAGAAGUAGAAAAAGGAAUAAAUAUAGUGAUAAUUUGAUUCUUCGUCGCCGUAGUAAAUAG